CACAUCAUUCACCUCUUCAUCCGUCCAACUUUUGCUGUCUCAAACAAUUAGUUGAAGAAACCAGCCCCAUCGUGCUAUCUCACAUCCAACAAGCUUCUUCGAGUCCGAUUCGGACCUUCCUCGUUAUACCCGUCGUUUGCAAUGGACAUCGACGCUGCAGGGUCCCACCUCGACCACAGUCGGGCACCUUCCAGUGCAGGACCCGACGAAAGUGACUUCUAUAACCUCAACGACGAUAGUCAGCUGUCGUCCUCUCCCGAGACAGGUCAUGCGGGCGACAUGGGCGGCGGCGUCGAUGGCGAGAGGAAGUCUGCAUUCUACGACUACAAACAGGAGAAGACGCUGCGGCAAACCGACGCAAAGCUAUUCUUCCAGCAACAGCAGCAGCAACAGCAGCAUAGCCAAGGGGUAGGUCAGAGCGGAUGGAACUCUCCCGUCCUGCGUUCUUCUACCUGGGGUGGCCCCACAGGAGGUCGCAGUAAAACCGGAAGCGUCAAGUCCUUCACUUCUUCACACCACCACCAUAAUCCUCACCAGAGCCCAUCGUUGCAGCAGUUUUCAUUCGGUGCUCCCGUAGGAUCCAGAAGCCAGACACCAGGAAUCACGGCGAUCGGGCUGGCAUCUUUCGACAAGCCUCGUGAAGAUAGCCAAGUCCAAGGGCCCGGAAUGGGUCGAUUUGACCCCCAUGGCAUUCUGGAAUCCGCCUCUGGCGGCGGCGCACUUCCGCAGUUCAAUGCAUCAUCCGGAAAUGCCGCCGUACCGGUUGAUCCUCGCGGUGGAUAUGCAGGCAGUGACCCAACCUUGUCCGCAGAGCUGUCUGUCAUCUACACCAAUGUUCAGAAAGUCCUCGAUCUUCGACACAAAUACUUGCGGGUCUCCUUGCAAGGUGGCAGCGACAAUCCCAACGAUGACCCCAGCUGGAAGAUCUACCCACCUCCCCCACCUCCCGUCUGGGUGGAAGAUCCCGCCAAAUCCGUCGGUCUUCAGGGUCCUGCCGACAGCAUCGAUCCUACUGCCGCUGAAAAGUCGUUUUGGGCGGGAAGUGAAAACCCCAGGGAAAAUAAGUACAGAAAACCAGGCGAAGACAUCGGCGAAGAUUUCAUCUACGAUGAAGUCGAAAUACCUGGGGAGGAUGAGAUGGUUUUCCGUUUAGACGACAAGGGCGUUUAUCAGGUCUAUGAGAAUAAGAAAGCGCUGGAUACUGAUAUGCCGAUCGUCACUAUUCCUGCUAUACGGGAAUACUACAUGGACCUGGAUACCGUACUGGAAAUCUCGAGUGAUGGUCCGAGCAAGAGCUUUGCGUUCAGACGGUUGCAGUACCUGGAGGGCCGAUGGAACCUGUACUCGUUGCUCAAUGAGCAUCAAGAGAUGGCGGACUCAAAGAGAGUGCCCCAUCGUGAUUUCUACAACGUGCGAAAGGUGGAUACUCACGUUCACCAUUCCGCUUGCAUGAAUCAGAAGCAUCUGCUACGCUUCAUCAAGAGCAAGAUGAAGAAGUUCCCAGAUGAAGUGGUGCUGUAUAGGGACGGCAAGCACUUGACCCUGGCGGAGGUUUUUGCCAGUAUCAAUCUCACAGCGUACGAUUUGAGUAUCGAUACACUCGAUAUGCAUGCCCAUACGGACUCCUUCCACCGUUUCGACAAGUUCAAUCUCAAAUACAACCCCGUGGGAGAGUCUCGGUUGCGAACUAUCUUCCUUAAGACGGAUAAUUAUGUCAAAGGCCGAUAUCUUGCGGAUAUUACUAAGGAGGUCUUCGCCGAUCUGGAGGCUAGUAAAUACCAAAUGGCCGAGUACCGUAUCUCCAUCUACGGACGCUCCGAGGACGAAUGGGACAAACUCGCCGCGUGGGUGGUCGACAACAAGCUGUUCACCCAUAACGUGCGAUGGCUGAUCCAGAUUCCCCGGCUUUAUGAUGUUUACAAGUCAACGAAUCUUAUCACAUCGUUCGAACAGCUCAUCAGGAACAUCUUCAAUCCAUUGUUCGAGGUUACCAAAGACCCAGCUAGUCAUCCAAAGCUUCACAUAUUCCUCCAACGUGUCAUUGGAUUCGACAGCGUGGACGACGAAAGCAAGCCUGAGCGCCGGACGUUCAAGAAGUUCCCAACACCUGCGGACUGGAACUUCAAGUCCAACCCUCCAUACAGCUACUGGGUCUACUAUCUGUUUGCGAACAUGGCGUCGUUGAACGUUUGGCGCAAACAGCGUGGAUUCAAUACCUUUGUCCUCCGACCGCACUGUGGAGAGGCCGGUGACACCGACCACCUUGCAGCGGCGGUACUUUGCUGUCAUUCCAUCAGUCACGGUAUCCUGCUGCGUAAGGUUCCCUUGCUGCAGUACAUCUUCUACCUCGAUCAGAUCGGAAUUGCAAUGUCACCACUGUCCAACAACGCGCUCUUCCUGGCCUACGACAAAAACCCGUUCCAGACCUAUUUCAAACGAGGAUUGAACGUCUCCCUGUCAACCGACGAUCCGCUCCAAUUCGCCUUCACCAAGGAACCACUCAUCGAGGAGUACUCGGUCGCCGCACAGAUCUACAAGCUGAGUGCCGUCGACAUGUGUGAGCUCGCCAUGAACAGCGUCCGACAGUCGGGCUUCGAAGGCGCCCUGAAGGCGAGAUGGCUUGGAAAUGAUUACCAUCUUUCGGGUGUUGCUGGCAACAACAUGGACAAGACCAAUGUGCCGAAUAUCAGGAUUGCUUUCAGGCAUGAAACACUGUUGGAGGAGCUGAGGAUGAUCGAGAGAUAUGCCACCGGUACGGCAGAAGCUACAUCCUCUUUGCCAUCAUCCGAGUUUCCACCAGCGUCGGACCUACCACUGCACCGCUCACACUCCCCAGCAACAAGUAUGCAGACCAAUGCAGCCACCUAUGCCGGCACACUGGUAGAUCAGCAGCAAAACGCACCGGUGAAAGCAUCCAGCGGCCGACUACGUGCCGGCGAAAGCGGCCACGAGCACGGCACUAUUUCUCCCGGUGGAUUAUUGAGACAAAACACUGAUGGCAGCAUGGCAGGAGCCUCGUCUCAGGAUGGUGGUGCCUAUCGGGAUGUCCACAUCACGGGUUCCGAACCCAGGGUGUGGCCGGGUAUUGUCAGUAGCAGCAUGAAGCGUCAAUCGAGCGUACAAGAGAUGGAUCGUGCAGCAGAGCAGCAGCAGCAUUAGGCGCGCUGUGACUCUGCACCAAUUGAUUUGCAGUAUACGAUGGAGAGUUUGUGGUUGUGUGCUAGGGUGUCAUGUUCAAUAAAUGAUAGUACUUUAUCACGGUUACUCUGA